AUGUCGCACGCUCUCUCGGAUGACCAGGUGUCGCAGGAAUUCGCCAUUGAAAAAUCCAAGCUCGUCCGUCAAGAAACUUCCUCCAUCGACACGCAAUAUGAGAAGAAAUUCAAGACCGCCCGUAUGUCCCAACAAAUCACUCAAUCGACCGUCGCAAACAAGACUCGUCUCAAGGUUCUAUCUGCCCGUCAGGAACUCCUCGAUGGAAUCUUUGAACAGGCGCAAGGAAGACUCAAGGAAGCUACGAAUGACAAGGGUAAAUACACGGAGAUCUUGAAGAAUCUUUUGUUGGAGGGCAUGUACGCAUUGGACGAGGGAAAAUUGCAGGUUAGAGGGAGAAAACAAGAUUAUGACCAGAUCAAGAAGGCAAUUGAGGAGGCGCAGAAGGUGUACAAGGAGAAGAUGAAGAAGGAUGUGACCGCGAGUAUAGAUGAGAAGAACCCUUUGCCAGAAGAAUCUGCUGGUGGUUUGUCCAUCAUUGGUGGAGGAGGCAAGAUUGAUAUCAACAAUACUUUUGAGGAGCGUCUGAAGUUGCUCCAGGAUAACGCAUUACCGGCUGUCCGAACCACAUUAUUUGGCCCUAACGUUAACCGGAAAUUCUAUGAUUAG